AAGCCGUCCGUAUUCUCUCAUUAAUUUUCUUUAUUUUAUAGCCCCAAACUCUGAUUCCUCUCUCUCUCUUUUAGUAUUAUUUUCUACCAAAAAACAAAAAAUAUAGAAUACAAUUCACAUCUCCUUGUCUUCUUCUCUCUCACUCCAAAUCCCACAGAGAAAGCCUAAAGCCUCCCCAAGCAAAUCCGAUGGCUUUCUUUUGCUCAGAUCAGAUCUCGCUUUCUCUCUCCACCAAACAACCAUUUCAUAGCUAAAUUCACCCCUCACCCAAUAAUGUUCCAGUUUUUCUAGAAACACAAAGAAUCCGAUUAACAUAUAAUUAAUUAAUACAAACAUUGCAAUUUCAUGGCUACCUUACAAAAAUUCAAGCUCCUCGCUACUCAAUGCGCCGUCGCAGGAAGUCCGACAAGGAGUCCAUCGGCAAGUCCCGUCAUCCAUCUCCGCCGGCGAAAGACCCUACGAAUGCUCCUCAACCGCCCUGAGAGGAGACUCCCGCGGCGGGAAAUGUCGUCGGAGGUAACGGAAAUAGAUGGAGAAGACGUGGAAGAUCCGCCGCCGAUGAAGAACAAGGAAGUUAGGGCUCGACGGAAGUUGAAGGAUCUGUUUGUAUCGUCUCCACCGCCUCUAGAAGAUAGGGUUUCCAAUAAGAGAGGAGGCGAUGGAGAAGAAGAACAACACGGAUUGUUACCCGAAGCAAGGCCAAGUGUAGAUUUACAAAGCGUCUUCGGCGUCAGCUUGGUGGCUAGGCGCCGCGGAUUCGGCUCACUACGCCCGGUUACAGCCGGCUUUCGUUAUAGAUUGCUCAGAAGAGCUUGGCGGCCCGUACUUGUUACCAUUCCAGAGUAAAAAGUGAAAAGUAAAAUGUACGAGAAAUUGGAAAAUAUUUUUGUUCUACUUUAUUUGUUUAUAAAUAUAUAAAAAAAAAAAUGAUUUCUGUUGUGAAAA